UAUUAUUGAUGAUUUAAAGGUUAAUAUGCAGUGGUAAUAAACAGAAUUGGAGAUUUCUUUUAUUAAGAUGGAAAAAAUGACUUGGUAUCACCCCUUUAUGAGCCGUUUGGAAUGUGAAAAGAUUUUACAGCAUAAAAAAGAUGGUUCAUUUUUGAUACGUAAUAGUGAAUCCACAGUAUCCGAUCAAGUAUUGUCAAUUUGUUGGGACAGUUGUGCUCAUCACUAUAAAAUCAAAAGAAGUGAUAAAGGAAUGUUUUUAGCUGCAGCAAAAGGUGUUGAACAGUUUUAUUUUAAUACACUUGAUAAACUUGUUAGCUACUAUCAAUAUCCCGAUCGUGGAUUGCCGUAUGUGUUAACAGAGCCAAUAUCACGUGAUAGUUUUUCUGGUAAUGAUGAUGAUGUAGAUUCUGAUUUCAGUGAGAGUGAUGAUGAAGCUGAUUCUAUAACUUUGUUUUUCCAACAACAGCUGGACAUUAUAAAAGGAUUGAAAUUAGACACAGUUUUAAAGGAGAGUUUGCAGGAGUAUGUUACAAAAGGAAUAAAUAAAGACUUUCAACGUGUUCAGUCAGGCUCAAACAAACCUCCCAUGCUGCAAAAAUUGCUUGUGGAAGCUGCAGGAGAUUUACAACUUUCUCUUCAAAAGUUCUUGACACGACUGGGACAUAUCCAUGAGCUGUUCGAUGUUGGAAGCAAUGUCCAGGCGUUGGAGCAAUAUGAACACAUUAAUCAAGAUAAUAAUAGUAAAGAUUUGGAAUCAGUUUUCAAAAUGUUGAGUGAAUGCAAAUCUGGUAUGUUACGGUUAGAGCAAAAGGCAUGUAAGGUAUUAAAAGAGUACAGUGGACUAAGUACCAGUCAAAAUGAACAGAAACCUUCCAACACAGAAAUGGAGUAUUCUGUAUUGAGCUAUGAUACAAAAGGAAGUCCUACAGUUAUUGCUGAAAAACCCAAAGAUGUAAAGCAUAAAUUAUUUGAGGUUACAUCAGGACCAUUAAAGAGUAAAAGUUAUAUCGCAUUGGACAUAACCAAUGGAAAAAUUAUAUUUCUUAAAAAUAAUCAAGACAAACUGGAAUCUGGUACUGCAUUUACAUCUGAACAAGUUUUUCAACUUGUGAAAUCUAAAACAUCAAAAUCAAAGCUUGGAAUCUUGCUGGAAAAUAUGAAUGUUAAAAAUUAUUAUUUUGAGAAUUUUCGUUCUCGUGAAUUGUUUUGUCAAGUCGUUCAACAAAUCAAAAUAGCUCAUUCUAAAGAUAUUCACUCCUCAGAACUUUCUGUAUUCGUUGGUUCCUGGAAUAUGGGGGAUGCUGUUGAGGGAGAUAUCUCUGAAUGGUUUAAAUGUCUUGGUCUUGGAAAGACUAGACCACAAGAGUUUUGUCAUAUUGCAUCAGAUAUUUAUGCAAUAGGCACACAGGAAAGUGCUUAUCAUGAAAAAGAAUGGGUUAAGAAAAUACAAACGUGCUUAAAAAGUGUGUUUCGCAAAGAAUUUAAACUGUUAACCUGCUACUCUAUGUGGGACAUCCGUAUCAUCAUUUUUGUCAAAUCCGAGCUACUGAACUUGGUUAACUCAGUAAAACAAUCAAGUGUAAAAACUGGUAUAGCUACCGUUUUAGGUAACAAAGGAGCAGUUGGUGUAUCAUUUAAUGUUGGGACUACUUCGUUCUGUUUUGUAAACUGUCACUUGACUUCAGGAAAUGAAAAACUACAAAGGAGAAAUCAGAAUUUUCAUAGCAUAUUACGAGGUUUAAAUCUGGGACAGAGAGACAGUUUUGACCUAAUGUUGUCCUUCCACCACUUGUUUUGGUUUGGCGAUUUAAAUUACAGACUUGAUCUGGAUGUUACAGAUAUUAUAAAGUGGAUUAUGGAACGAGAAUGGCAGAAAUUGCUUGCAGCUGAUCAGUUAAUUGCUGAAAUACGAAAAGGAAAUGCCUUUAUUUCUUUUGAAGAGGAAGACAUAUCAUUUCCACCUACUUAUCGAUACACACGAGGAACCAGGUCAACAUAUUGCUGGACAAAAGAAAAAAGAACUGGGACAAGAAUUAAUGUUCCGUCUUGGUGUGACAGGGUGUUGUGGAAGUCGUAUCCUGAACUCACCUCCUGCAACACUACUUAUGGUUGUACUGAAAGUAUUUGUUCAAGUGAUCAUUCUCCAGUGUUUGCUACAUUUGACGUAGGUGUUUUAUCUCAGACGCUUGCUGCUUCAAGUCACGAAGAUCACACAGAUAGUGGCAUGAUCAAAGCGCUUAAGAUUGUUUUCUUCUCUGCAGAGGCUAAGAUACUAACAAGUAGCGGCACAAAAUUUAUGUUAGAAUUUCAUUCCAACUGCCUAGAAAAGCGUGUUAUAACUAAAAAGAAUUCCUACACAAAUUGCAGAAGGCAGACAGAUAGUCUUUUUAGAGGUUCUAUUCCUUCUGAUCACAAAACAUAUUCCUAUCCCUGGUGGACAAAAACAGAUUUGGUUGAUCUUCAUCCUGUGUUGUCUGACUUAUGUUAUCUUGAAGAUCAACACUUGCUUGUUGCUGUUAAAGGGGAGGAUGGCCAGGAGUAUUAUGGAGAAUGUGUCAUAUCAAUGAAAAUGUUUCUGUCCGGCAAUCCAAAGGUCUUUGAGGUCAUGAUAACACAUUUGGGAGUGGAAACGGGUGUUUUAAAGGUGGAAGCUCAGUUAAUUAUUCCAAGUACCAUAGAAUACACAGCAUCUCAAAAAUCUAAAGUUUAUGAUCUCAUUAAGGUGGAAGAGGAAGAUUCUCGACCAAAUACUAAAAAAUGUGGAGAGAAGAAAGAAAUGUAUUUGGUCAAUUUACCUGUAAAAAAAGAAGAUAUAGAUCAAAUAGAUCCAGUUGACAAGAAGGUAGAACCUCCUACAGACAAUGAAGAAAGACCAAUAAGUAUGGGGUUUGAUAAUCCUUGUGUAAAAUAUACCAAGCUUGAUGACAGUACUGAUGAAUUGCCAGCCUUACCACCAAAAAAGAAAACUUUGUCUUUACCUAACUCGCUACCAGACAACAGCACAAUGCCACCUCUAUUAAUGAAAUCUGGUGAAAGAAAUGCUUCAGAAGAGUUAAAACCACUGUUGUCAAAUACCUUACCAAGAAGUUGUCCAGUAGAAGAUCUACAACCACCAUCCAACACAGGGCAAAUAUUAACAUCUGAAGCAGAGUUGUUACUUCCAUCAAGUUCAGAAAUGUUUGUACCAGUACCAAAGCCAAGAACAAAAAAAAUGGUGAAGCAGUUUGUAUCUGAUUUUUCAAAAUGGCUGAACAACAUUGGAUUUGAGAUGUACGCUGAGCAUUUAAUAAAUAAUGGAUUUGAUGAUCUCGAUUAUUUUUGCUCAAUAACGGAAGAGGAUUUAAAGGACGUUGGAAUAUUGGAUGAAAAACACAGGGAAAAGAUUGUUCUAGAAGCAAAAAAGUUAAAAGGUCGUCACAAGGAUCACAAAGAUAUAGUAGCUGUGUAGAGUUUCUUUAUAUUUUUAUAUUAUGCUAAAGUUUUUUUUAAUGUCAAUUUUUGUCUAACUCAUUUCCAGUACAAUCAGUCGUUAUAAAGCGACUUUAUAUAUGUCAAAGCUAUUAUUUGUACAUUGUGUGUCAUCUGCAACAUGCACAAUUUAUAAAAAAAACCGGUAGUUUUCACAAUGUGGUAGUAUUCGCAAUGUGGUAGUAUUAGCCUUGUUUACCUGAAGUGGAAAACAAACUUGUAGGAUUUAGUAAAAAGUACUUACCUUGACCACUGAAAUUAGAAUUAGGAUAAUUCAAUGAAAAUAGAUUUGGUGGUGCAGAUAAAAUUUGGUGGUAGAUCAAUUUUAAAAUAAAAUACAGUUUUAAUUUAACUAUAAGACAGGUGUUUUCUUCCCCUGAAACAUCUGGUAACUGAAAAAACCCAAUUUUUUUGUUAUGAAAAGUUGCGCAUUUCAUAUUUUCUCUAUUAAAGUUUUAAAAUUGUAGAUUGAACUUUAUAAAAACUUAAAACAGUAGACAUCCUUUACAGCUAAUAUAUGGAUAUUAUAUCUGAUAGUCAUUAUUGGAGACAAGAUUUUUGAUUUGUAAUGUAACAAACAUGAUUGAAAUCCAAUCAUCCACCCCACUCUUUUGCUGUUUUUGAUGAAUUUUUUUUAAUUGAAAUUCAUUCAAUUAAGCAAAUAGUCUAUUUUUAAUUUAGGAUGGAUUUGACUUAACAAUUGGCGAGUUAAUUAAAAUUAUGGUUGGUUUUAAUUUCGCCAGCUUUUCUCUGCACCAAAUUUUCUCCAAAUAGGGUACUGCUUAGAAGUUUUAGCUCUUUUAUUUUUUUCAGCAAGAAAAGAAUUUUAUAUAUAUAUAUUUUUUUGAAAAUAAAUAAUGCUAUGAAAUUAAAAUUUGCUCAAAAGUCUACUUUCACCUAAAUGUAUGUAUAUUCACUGUGGAUGCUUCAAUAAGUUCCACAGGACUAUUUAACAGAAUAGUUUUUGCCCCUCGUAAACAAUUGUGAGGAAAGGUCUAUUGAAAAAAAGUUUGCUUUAAAAAAGAACACUGAUUUGUUUCUGUCAAAGAAAUUUUCUUGGUAAUAAUGCAUUAAGAAUAUGCUGAUAAUAAAAUUUGGAAAUAAAAUUGCAAACAGAGAAAUCUUAAGACAGAUUUUUACUGUUUAGCUUAGUACUGUGAAAAAAAAGGCUGUAACCGAAGUAUCCUAAUGGCAACUUAUUUAAGCUACCCAAUCAUUCCUGUUAACACCAGAUUUGUUUUAGAGCAUAGAAUUUUCGCCUGCAGAAUUUCUGUAAAAAGGUGUUAAUUUUGUAUAGAUUAUUAUUUCUUUCAGCUUUUGUAGUAAAUUCAUUUUUGAACUUGAUAUUUUAUAAUUAUUAUUUUUUUUAAUGCAUUAAUAUAAAAAAUUAUUCUAAACUAUUUUACCUGAUAUUACUUUUUUAUGUUAUGUUUUGUAGUAAUUAUUUGUUUUUGUAUAUAUACAUUAUAUAUUUUGUAUCAUAUCGUUUAUGUAGUCAAUAAGUAACACUUCACAGUCUAGAUAUUCUAGAGUUUUGGUAUAUUGCACAUUUAUAAAUAUUUAAACAUUUUGUUGUUCUGUUGUUGUUUAAGUUUAUUUUUAACAGUCACUUAAGUAAGGGAAGUUUUAAAUCUGCUACACAAAUUGUAAACAGUUGGUAGUUUCCUGAUUUUUUAGAAUUACAAUUUAUUUCAGUGUUUGUUUAAACUUUGGAAUUUUUUCUUUUGCAAUUUUUCCGCAAAUAAUUGUUAUGAUAAUUACUGUAAUAGAUCAGCUAUUACAAACUUAGGGGUCGUUUUAAGAAUACGGCUAUUCGAAAACAUCUUGUAUUUGUGACAUAGUAUUAAUAGAAAUGAUGUUAAUAGGACUGUCAAUUAUUUGAUCAAUAAUAUAGUUAAUUUUUGGAAAUCUAUGCAA